UAUAUAUCCAUUUUUCAUAUUCUCCCUAAGAUAAAUGGCUAAUAUUUCUAAUUGUCUAUGUGACAACAUAGAAGUUUCAAAUUUGAAUGAUAUUCCAGUUGAUAUUGAUUUAACAAUUAUUCACAUCAACAUUCGAUCAAUUCAAAAAAAUAUUGACCCAUUAAUUGAACUGUUGUCAAAAUUCACUAUUCCCCCUCAUAUAAUAGCAAUUAGUGAAACAAAAUUACAUACCGGUAAUAGUCACUCCUCCAAUAUAAGCAUUGAUGGAUACAGAUUCAUUCAUACCCCUUCUGCUUCAAAAGCAGGGGGUGUGGGUGCCUUCAUCAGAAACGACAUUACUUAUUGUGAAGUUAGUGACUAUCAACUCAAUUAUCCAAAUUCUGAAGACUUAUGGUUCGAAAUUAGCCUAACAAAUGUAUUCAAUAAUAUGAGCAUUGGCAUUAUUUAUAAACAUCCGAGAAGUGAUAUUCCUGAAUUUACAAGCAUUGUUGAAAACUGCAUGUCAAAAUUAUCUAAAAAACAUUUUAUAAUAGUGGGAGAUCUUAAUAUCAAUUUACUCGCAUCAAAUACCAACACCCAAAUUGCAUCUUAUUCUGAUAUGCUUACUUCCUAUAAUGCUAUUUCUCUCAUUUCAAAGCCUACUAGAGUUACACGUAGCUCUUCCACUCUUAUAGACCACAUGUAUUCAAACAUGACAGAUGUGCAAGUUAAUUCAUAUGUGAUAUCAUCUGAUAUCACUGAUCAUUUUCCCAUAAUGUGCUGUCUUAAAGGCAUUAAACCAUCCACUAUAAAUGAUGUCAUAUUAUCAAGGGAUAUGUCUUCAUUCUCUAUCGAUGAAUUUCGAAUUUAUGCAUUCUAUUGCUUGCCUAAUCAACCGCCAUGCCCCAUUGAGACCACUGUCACGUCGACAAAUAAAGAUAAAGCAAAAACCGUGGAUAAAUAA